UGAAUCAGCCCCUGCUGAAGUGAGCGACCGACCGUGGAUAUAAACACGAGCUUUUCUUUUCGAGACAGUAACAUUUGACAGUUGGAAUAUUAACGUACAGUAUUAGAGACGAAAGAUGGAGGUAAACUUGCCUGAAGAUCUGGCGAAUCUGUCAGAGCUGGACGAGAAAAGUUUGCUGGAGGUUUUGACUGGACGUUUUACACAGAACCUAAUCUAUACCUAUAUAGGAGACAUCUUGGUGGCUAUUAACCCAUUUAAAUAUCUUUCAAUCUAUGAAAAAGAGGUGUCUGAGCGGUAUAAGUGCCAUGAGAAGAAGUCUUUGCCCCCUCAUAUAUUUGCUGUGGCAGAUCGAGCAUAUCAGUCCAUGUUGGGACGUCUGGCCACGGGACCCAAGAACCAGUGUAUCGUGAUCAGUGGUGAGAGCGGCGCGGGUAAAACCGAGAGCACCAAACUGCUGCUGAGACACAUCAUGGAGCUGUGCAAGGCCAACUCUCAGCUAGAGCAGCAGAUCCUGCAGGUGAAUCCACUCCUCGAGGCCUUUGGAAAUGCUCAGACGGUCAUGAAUGACAACAGCAGUCGCUUCGGGAAAUAUAUCCAGCUCCGCUUCCAGAACUCUUCAGUCAAAGGGGCCAAAAUCAACGAGUACCUCCUGGAGAAAUCCCGUGUGGUUCACCAGGAUGAGGGUGAGCAGAACUUCCACAUCUUCUACUUUAUGUUGGCCGGCAUUUCCAUUGAGGAUAAAGAGAUAUAUGGCCUCCUGGAUCCUACGCACUACCGUUAUUUGAAUGGCAGGUUUGGGCAGGCAGACGUAGUGCAGUCCUGGCGUGUGAAAUAUGCUGAGGUGUGUAACGCCAUGGACAUGGUGGGAUUUGAAGAGCAGGAAAAGGUGGACAUGAUGACUAUUCUAGCUGGCAUUCUGUCCCUGGGGAACAUCACCUUUGAAACAACAGACAGCGACGCACUGAAGGUGUCAGAGACGUCACGCGGCUGGUUAAAAGCUACUGCAGGUCAGUUUGGCGUUCAGGAAGAGGAUUUACAGAAGAGUCUGAUCUGCACCACGUCAGUGACGCGAGGAGAGGCCAUCCAGCGACUCCACAACCAGCAGCAGGCUGAAGAUGCCAGAGAUUCCAUCGCUAAAGUGGCCUACGGUCGCGUCUUCGGAUGGAUCGUCAGUAAAAUCAACGAGCAGCUUGCUCCUAAAGUAGAUUUCGACGUGGAGCUUAAUGAAAUAGGAAUCCUUGACAUCUUUGGUUUCGAGAACUUCGCUGUGAACCGAUUUGAGCAGAUCUGCAUCAAUCUAGCUAACGAACAGCUCCAGUACUUCUUCAACCAUCACAUUUUUUUGAUGGAACAGAAAGAAUAUAAAGAGGAAGGCAUCACAUGGGAGACCAUAACCUACAAGGACAACAAGCCCAUACUGGACCUGUUCCUCACGAAACCCAUUGGGAUUCUCUCUCUGCUGGAUGAGCAAAGUGCCUUUCCUCAGGCCACUGACCGAGAUUUUGUUGACAAGUUAAACAGCAAAUUUAAAGCGGAUCCCAACUUUGAGGUUGUGCGAAACCACACCCCUCUGUUCACUAUUGUGCACUACGCUGGGAAGGUGCAAUACAACGCAAGCGGUUUCCUUGAGAAAAACCGGGACACAAUACCAGCCAACAUUCGUGAGCUCUUCAUCAACAGCGUCACUCCUCUCCUCAGUGUUUUGUUCGCAGCUACAAUUUCUCGAACAGGCACACUGAUGCCAAGGAAAGCCAAGUUACAAGUUGCAGGUGACAACUUCAACUCAACCAGGAAGCAGUCUGUUGGUGCGCAAUUCAAGCAUUCCCUGGCUGUCCUUAUGGAGAAGAUGUUUGCCGCCAGUCCACACUUUGUUCGGUGCAUCAAACCCAACCGAAGCAAACAGCCUGAUCAACUAGACAGUAAACUGGUGAUGGAUCAGCUGAGAUACAACGGUCUAAUGGAAACAAUCCGAAUCCGGCGGGACGGUUUCUCAUGGCGUCCAACUUUCAAGGAGUUUGCAGAGAGGUACAACAUUCUGCUGCUGAAACCGGAUCUCCCGUCGGACAAGAGCAGUUGUAUGUCGAUCCUCAACAGCACUGAACUCUCUGGUUGGAAGUGUGGAUCGUCGCGUUUGUUUUUCAAGUACUGGCACCAGGAGGAGUUGGCCCGUCUGCUGGAGAGACUGGGACGAGCGGCGGUUGUCAUUCAGAAGAAUUUCCGGAUGAGGAUCUGCAGAAGGAAGUAUCUGGCAUUGCUAGCAGAGCUACGGAGGCAGCGUCAGGCUCAGCGGGAGAGAGAGGAGCGCGAGGAGGAGGAGAGGAGACGACAGCAGCUGGAGGACGAGAGGAAAAGACGUCUGCAAGUGGAACAGGAGAACCUGCGACCAGCGUCUCCACCGGUACCCUUGCCGAGAAAGAAAAGGCCUGAGCCCAGGCCUCGCUCUGUGCUGACUGGCGUCCUGAAAGCUCCACAUCUGCCUCCUGUACCGCGGCCGCGCAGCAAGCUUUUUGAGGCGACUCCGUUUGAUAACGAGCUGAAUGAGAACGUCCACCUGGACGCUUCUCUGAUGCUUCAGCCGAUAGAUGAAGAGCGUAUUAAAGAGAAACACCUGAAAAAGAGUAACACCAUCCGCUGGUUUAAAGAGACGCAGGUCCGUAAGCUGACCAGAGACGGUACCUUCCCCAGCUGGUUCCAUGGCAUGAUCACACGCAGACAAGCAGAAGAUCUCCUGAUCAACAAACCUCUCGGCUGCUUCUUGGUGCGUGUCGGUGAAAGCCGGGAGGGUUACACUCUGACCUUUAGGGGUGCCGACCGCUGCCGUCACUACAUGGUGGAGAUGCAGAACAAUGGGAAGUAUGUGAUUCUCGGGGAGGACCGGGCUCAUUCCUCCCUCACAGACCUGGUCCAGUACCACAGUCAGGUGGGCAUCAAGCCCUUCAUGGAGCUGCUCACGGUGCCCUGUGGUCAGAUGUGUGAUCGGGAGCCGGACUAUGAGGAGCUCAAAGCUUUUACAUCAUCAUCAUCGGAGAGCAGCGCUGCGUUUCAUGCUGAGGACAUGGACACGUGUUCAAAUAAAGUGCAUGUACAGAUGCAGAGACUCUUCCUGCCGCCGGGAGGAAACUCAAACGUUGAGUCGCACAAACCCCCGGUGCUCAAGCGCAUAUCUGACCGGCGCAGACGGGUCGAGGCCGCACAGACGGAGCACAAGGACGACGAUCCCAACCUCGAGAGCAGGCCGUUCCCUCGACUCUACCCGUCCAUACGACUGGCCAUGAGGGAGAUCCAGCAGAUCCAACAGCACUUCCAGCAGAGCCAAGAACAGAUCCAAGUGCCCUCUGGCAAACCCUUGAGCUCAUGGAAGAGGACGGAUGCAUGAAACUGUGGAGAAUGAAACGACAGAUGUUCUUGAUGCUGCUAUCCAAUUUUUUUUAGGUUUAUGUAAAUGUAAAAUUUUAAUGUAGUUACGGUGAAAACUACAUUGAUUUAAAGCAAUUUUAACUUAAUUCUUAUUAUUGGUUGUAAUUUUAUUUAAUGUAAAUUAUGCUGUUUUUAGGUGAUUGAAUAAAUGAUUGUUUCAUACA